AUGCGCCCCCUCACCGAGCAAGAGACGCAGACGCUCUUCAAGAAGCUCGCCGACUACACGGGCCCCUCUCUCAAGAACCUCAUCGCGCCCCUCGACAACACCCCCAACGCCGACCGCUACGUCUUCCGUCUGUCGGGCCAGAACCGUGUCUACUACGUCCUCCUCUCGCUCGCCAACAUUGCCACGUCCAUCUCGCGCGACAAGCUCCUCUCGCUGGGUGUCUGCAUCGGCAAGUUCACAAAGACGGGCAAGUUCCGCAUGCACAUCACCGCGCUGCCCGUCAUCGCGCCUCAUGCCCGGCACAAGAUCUGGAUCCGCCCCAACGGCGUCAUGCCCUUCCUCUACGGCUCCAACGUAGUCAAGGCGCACGUCGGCCGCUACUCGGAGGACUGCCCGGAGCACCAGGGUGUGGUGGUCUACUCCAUGGAGGACACGCCCCUGGGCUUUGGUGUCACGGCGAGGAGCACAAUCGAGGCGCGCCGCCUCGAUCCCACCGGUAUCGUGUGUUUCCGACAAGCAGACUGCGGAGAAUACCUGCGUGACGAGGAUGCGCUGUUCUCGACUGGUUAGAAUCUGUACGCACUGGAAGGGAGGGGGAGACAAGUGAAGGGAACAGGCACUCACUCACAGAGCAUAUGGCGUUAUGGCGUUGCAAAAUUCGCUGGGCAUAGUACAACAUGGCAUGGCCUGCACUGUAGGCAAUUGAUGGCAACCCGAUGGGGAUUCUUGACGUGACCGUCUUUCGAAAGAGGUCCCUCUCCAUGCUCUGGUACGAUGUGAUUCUGCGUGAACUUACUCGAAACCUUGUUUCUCUCUCUCCGCCCACGGUGAAAUUUGGGGAUCUUCGGGGAUUUUGAGGCCGGUUAAGGUCACCUGUGCUGCACUGGGGGUUUUUGGUCAAACCCUUGCAAGCCUCCCAAGGCUACCAAUAGU